UGUGUAAAUAGCCGUUAAAAAAAAAACUUUGGCCCUUCCUCCUCUCCUUUCCCCGCACUCCAACCAGAGAAAAGAUGAAAACCCUAAAGCUUGCUAGUUGAUACCAUCAUGGCUUUUUCUCUAAUAGUGUUUCUCUUUCUUUGCUUUUGGCAGCCUAAAACAACGAGGCGAAAGAAGAAAGUGUUGAAUUAAAAAUAAAAGGAUGGGGAGUAGACUUCCAGUCCAGCACUACAGUAAUUCCUUCAUCCCCACCUCUCUUCACGACCUCAACACAGUUGAUUCUCGACCUUCUGAAAUCGACGCCGUUGAUGCCACUGAUGCUUUGGAUCACCACGAUCACGACCAUCCCGAUUCCACUACUGUUGUCUGAGUGUUUGCAUGAAUCUUAUAGAAAUUCUUUGCCAAUUCAUGGCGUUGGAGCGGAGGAAGAAGAUCGGUCUAGCUUAGACAAUGGUGAUUCUUCCAGAGGAGCUUUCAGUAUUUUGACAAUUGAAGAUGUUUCACCUAUUGAAUCAGCAAGGGCCAGAUUUUUGCAAAUCAUAGUGGAUAACUUUAUUAAAGACCAUGUGAUUGAAGUGGUUGAUAACGAGUCACCUGUGGAAUAUAAUGCUCAGUCAGGACAAGAGAAACUGAAUAAGAGAAAGAUAGGAGAUAUACAAUAUGAAGGCGAUCCUAGGUUCGCUUUGCCCUUAAUGUAUGUUGCCAAUUUGUAUGAAACUUUAGUUAAUGAAGUAAACUUGAGGAUUGCUUCCUUGAAUGGCAUUCGUGAUAAGACCAUUGGGGUAGCGCUUGAAGCUGCUGGCGGAUUGUACAGAAGGUUGGCUAAAAAAUUCCCUAAAAAAGGUUCUUAUAUGUAUAAAAGAAGAGAACUUGCAACUUCUCAUGAAACAAGGACAAGGUUUCCAGAACUAGUUAUACAAGAAGAAAAGAGAGUUCGUUUUGUAGUUGUCAAUGGUUUGGAUAUUGUCGAGAGACCAAAUAAUGUGCCUGUUGAGGAUGCUGAGUGGUUUAAACGGCUAACAGGUCGGAAUGAGGUUGCUAUCUCUGCUCAAGACUACAAGUUUUAUUCUCCAAGGCACAAGUAUAGGCGUGUCACAUCAAACACAGUAUCUAACAUCCCUGCUUUGCCUGCAUUCUCUGGCAGUGACAGUUCUCCUUUGUCUAAUGCACAAGGGUUUCACACCGUCAAUGAAACUCAGCAGCAGACUCCUUCCAAGCAUCAUAUACCAACAAUGUCACAUCAGCCUCAAUUUCAUCCUAUUCACCAGAACCAUCAUCAACCAGUUCACCCAAACCAACAUGGAGCUCAUUUUCCCCAGAAUCAUCAAUGUGGGCCACCACCCCACUUACCUGAAAUUAGUCAUGCUCACCAGUCACCAACCAUGUCUCAACACAUAGCUUGCUUACAACCCUUAACAGGAGGUCACGUUGGUGCACGCUUGCAUGUUAUGCCUACAAAUCCAGCGAAAUACUGCGAUGAAUGUGGGGCACCUUACCUGAGGGAAACAUCCAAGUUCUGUUCAGAAUGUGGUAUAAAGAGGUUAGGGAUAUGAUGCAGUUCAACAUGAUUUAUUUUGAAUACCCAAAGUCAAUAGGGAUGUUUUAUAUUUGGUUUUUUGGUUGUUUCCAAAUAUCAUCAUUUAGUCAUGAGGUUUAAGUAAUUAGUUCCUGGAAGGAUACCCUCAUAGUUUCUCAAGCUUAAUGUGCUCUCCUUUGUAUAAAAAGAAUGUAUUAAUUAUAGUUUAGUCUGGCAAAGAAAGCUGAGGCCAUUAUGCAUAUACAUACUUUUUGAGGGUCAAUUCUUGAUGUGGUCUAAAUUUUGUUUCAUAAUCUUUUGAGGAAAAAUAUGUCUUACUGUGGAAAAA